AUGCCCACAGCUGUGGCUGAGCUGACAUCUCCCUGUGCCCUUAGGGAUAGCGAUGCGAUAGCCAGACCUCAUUCUCCAAAGAGACUGCAGCAAGCCAACUAGGACUCAAGGCAGCUGGAACCAACAAUGAAGGGCCCAGCAGGCAUCCUGCUGUGCUCAUUGCUGCUGAUGGCCCCCUAUUGCACAGAGGUGGCUGCCCAGGAUGACCAGCCUGACCCCAAAAUGCCAUGUGCCAAGUGGAUGGGAGGAGCACCUGGCUACCCUGGCCACAACGGGCUCCCUGGUCGGGAUGGGAAAGAUGGAAAAGACGGACUAAAGGGAGAAAAAGGAGAUGCAGGUGCAGCAGGUCCUAUAGGCGCGCCAGGCGCGACAGGACCCCCAGGGAUGACGGGACCUCCUGGAGCUCCUGGAUUCACGGGACUGAAGGGGGAGAAGGGUGAAGGUGCUUUUGUUCACCGCUCUGCCUUCAGCGUAGGGCUGACGGAGCGACCCCCUGCCCCCAACAUCCCCAUCCGCUUCAGCAAGAUCUUCUACAACGAGCAGGGCCACUACGACGUCAGCACUGGCAAGUUCCUCUGCAAUGUCCCCGGCACCUACUACUUCGCCUACCACCUCACGGUCUACCUGGCAGAUGUCAAGGUCAGCCUCUACAAGAAGGGCAAGGCCGUGAUCUUCACCUAUGACCAGUUCCAGAACAACAAUGUUGACCAAGCAAGUGGCUCUGUCUUGCUGCACCUCAGCUCUGGGGAUGAGGUCUGGCUUCAGGUGUAUGGGAAUGGGAACAACAACGGCGUCUACGCUGACAACGUCAACGAUUCUACUUUCAUGGGCUUCCUCCUGUACCCCGACAUGGAUGACUAUUAAUGUAAGGGGUGCUGCACAAAAAAGGGUGAAGCGGCUUAAUCCCGGACAGAGUUCUGGGGCACUGGCACUAUAGCUAUAAUGU